UUGUGGGGAUAGCGCCCGACGGCUCAUUCGUUGGGAUACCUUCGCCUGACGAACAUGUUCUCCUGUUGUGUGCCCGUGUCCCGCGGCCGCCGACUCGGGGGAGCCCCUGGCCGCGACGCUUCCCGACCCUGGAGACAGCGGGUCAGGUCGUGCACAGGACGCCUCAGGUCUCUAGCUCGCAGGGAACCAAAGAAAUCAACUGAUGAAAUCGGGAAACGAUUGGCGGAAUCCCGAUUCACCUACCCUACAGAGUUGUGCGUGUGCCCCGUCGCCCAGGAGGGCCACCCUGGACCCAGGGAGAGAGUGGCCGCACGGAGGUCUCAGGAAGCAGGGCCUGGAGUUGGCCUGGGAAGGCCUCCUUCACCGCCCUGGCCCCUCCACAGGGUCCUGGUUCACCGGUCCUGGGAUGAGGACCCAGAGUCCCCGGAGCCAGAGCCCGAGGAGUCUGGAGCAGGAGUGGAAGCCGGUGCGGCUCCAGAGCCCGACCCAAGGGCAUCGGGGUCCUCGGAGUCUCUGCAGGCAGUGGUGGAGUCUGGGGCAACUCCUGCAGGGGCCAGAGAGCCAGCAGGUGACCUGGUACCUGUGCUGGGACAGCGGGCAACUGAACAGAGUCAGCUGGUUCCUGCUUCUGCUCCCGACACCGUUCCUGCCACCGCCCUUGUUCCCGCAUGGAUGCUGGUCACAAAUCAAGGGCCCGAAGGCCUUCGAAGGGUGUUUAUUGUAUUUCUAAUUGUUGCUCCAAUCCCAGUCUCCGCCCCCCCACCAGAAUGACUCUUCCUCUUCUCCCUUAUCCUUUCUCUCCUCCACUUUUUAGCUGUUACUUUAUUUGCUUAUGGUUUGUUUAAAAUCCACAUUAAUCUUCAAUAAAAAUUUUGUUUAUUU